UCUUCAUUCAACGCAAGGUCUGCUGUUAGAAGAGGGAGAGAGGGAGCAAUUGAAUUUUCACAGAAGUCUCGUCUUAAGGGCUCUUGCCAUAACCCCAGCAAAAGAAGGUGUAGUUGAUCAUUUUGAAGGCCUUGAAUGA